AUGAUUCAUGACGUUGUGCUGUCGUUAUUGGAGUGUGUGAGGAAGGCUUCUACGCGGCCGGGAUGCGCCGGAGAACUGCCACGUGUGGCUAACGCAACCCGCACCUGUGACCACGUGACGGGCGUCUGUAACUUGCACGGCGGGCUGGCCAGGGCCGACGCUGCCGACCUACCGUGCCCGGACUUCUUUUACGGCUACCACUGCAGGCAUCAGUGUGAGUGUGAGCACGGAGCGUCAUGCGAUCCCGUCCGCGGAGAGUGCAUGUGCACGGCCGGUUGGCAUGGCAACACCUGUCAGCUAAGCUGUGAUGAGGGGACGUAUGGCAUAGGUUGCACGCAGCCGUGUGACUGCAUCAACACCGAUGUCUGUGAUCCUAUCGAUGGCACGUGCAUCUGCAUUGGAGCUACCGGCCCUAACUGCACUGACCGCUGUGAGCCGCUUUACUAUGGCAACAACUGCAGCGAGCCGUGCAUCUGUCAGCCCGACCACAGCGCGUCGUGUGACCCGGUCAUUGGGAAGUGCGUCUGCACCUAUCCCUGGUCGGGUAGCAACUGUACUGAGUGUGUUAGAGGGCGCUACGGUCAGGAGUGUGAGCUGAUCUGUAACUGCGGUUCGGUUAGCUGCGACGGAUUCACGGGCGAAUGCAUCUGUCCCUCCGGCACGCAGGGCCCCGACUGCAACGCCACCUGCCUGAGCGGCUUCUGGGGGAAGCAGUGUAGGGGGCGCUGUGCGGAGCGAUGCGUGCAUGCGAGCACGUGCCACCACGUGAGCGGCGAGUGUGCGUGCGCGCCGGGCUGGAUGGGAGAGACGUGUGAGCAGGGGUGUGACGUAGGUCGCUACGGAGCGGGGUGCGUGCACGAGUGCCAGUGUGAGAAUGAAGGAAGCUGUGACUCCGCGACGGGCGCCUGUAACUGCAGCAUCAGCUGGUCCGGACAGAGAUGUGAAAUCUUUGCGAUGGCGGAGAGAGACGCAGAUCCAGACGAACAGAAGGGGGCGCUGCCGAUUGCCGUCGCCUGCGUCAUCGGAGCCGCUGCCAUCGUCGUCGUCAUCCUCAUCGUGAUGGUUGUAAAACAGAAGAACGGCGACAUAGAACUGCGAAAUAUAUCCUCGGCUGCAUCCCAGAAUGCUCCUAACGGCCACGCACCGCCAGGGCCCUCUGGUGAGCUGCCCAGCAAGCGGCGGAGGCGCAACAGAAAGGCGUCUGUUGAACCGGGAUACAAGUACAACAACCCCAACUACGAGCAGCACGUGGGCAGUGUCAGCAGCAGCAGCACGCGUCCACACAGGGCCAACUCCGCCCCCCACAGAAUGAACCGCGGCUCGGCCAGCACGACCGGCACAGGCAACGUCAGCAUGAGUGGGAACCCGAUCUACUACCACAGCAGCAGCGGCAGCCGAGUGAGCGACAGCGACACGGACUCCACCGAACACACACCGCUCACAACCGCCCCGCCCGGCACCGUCAUCUUCAACCCGCUCGCAGAGAUGAGCGACGGAUCGCCCGCACGACCUCCAGACAACACCGCACACCCGCUUCCGCCGUUGCCGAGUAACGCGUACGAAUACGUGUCGCCACCUGUCGACAACCGAUUGCCGACUCUUUCCGCCGACCGUCCGUCGCCGCGGCCCGCCCCGCCCCCGCCCCCGCUGGAGGCUGAGGAGAGGGAGGAGGAGGAGGAGGAUGACGAGGGGAUGUACAGCGUCGUCGGGGAGUGGCGCGGCAUCGUCUCGGACGACCCUCCCCUGCCGCCCGCGGAGGAGGAGGAGGAGGAGGAGGAGGAGGAAGAUGGAGUCGUGUAUGCGGAUAUCGAGGACGUGCCGGCGCGUGCGUGGAACGGCGACGCGGCGAUAGAGGGCGCUACGAGCGGCGACGAGUACGACACGCUCGACCUGACGACGCGGCAGAAGCGCAGCGUCGUGUCUAGUGGCGCCCUCUCCACCGCCUCGCCGCCGAACAUCUACGGCCGGCUGUCGGGGCCCGGCGGGGGCGGGUCGGGUCACUGGAGCGAGGCGUCGUCGCAGCGACGACCCAGCUCGAACACGAGUGAGAAACCGGAGCAGACCUACGAAUACAUCGACCCUAAUGAUGUUAAGCUACCAACGAAGCCGCCUGCAAGCCCGAAAAAGUUGCCACGACCUCAGAAGUUGCCACGGUCGAAAAAGCCGUCGGGCGAUUCGGACAAGGGUGGGGCUGGCAGUCUGCCACGCCCCACGCCGCAGGCACGAACGUACGUCAAGUGUCCGAUCAGCCCCGAGCUGCCACCGCGACCUCGCGCACUGCUCAGAGCGCCACCUGUUGACACGUCGAAUCGCGAAUCGAACAUCUAUGCCGAGAUACCGGAGGGCAUUAUAGGCGUUGGGUUGCACGACGGUACCAGGUCAGGGGACUCCGAUGUCACCCCAGCCAGUGUGGACAACAGGCUGUCACAUAUCAGCUCUGGCACUAGUAGUGUCAACCCUGGUGACAGAUUGUCACAGCUAAGCUCUGGCAGUAGUAGUGUCAACCCUGGUGACAGAUUGUCGCAGCUCAGCUCUGGCAGCAGCAGUGUCAACUCUGGUGACAGAUUGUCACAGAUUAGUUCCAGCAGCAGCAGUGUCAACCCUGGUCACAGGUCGUCGCGGUCAGGCUCGCUCAGCCCUCACCCGCCGGCGUUCACCGAGAGCCAGCUCACGGGAAAAUGGCCGCCGCCGCGACUCCCGGAGAAGCAGGGAGGGAGGGCGCUGUCAGCGGCGUCGCGGGAGGAGAUCGGGGAGGAGGAGGAGGAGGAGGGGGAGGCGCCGGUGCUGUACGACGUCCCCCGCACGGCGUCCGUGCACAGCGCUGGGGAGCAGCGGGAGACAUCUGACGAGGACAGCAGGCUGCAGCACAGCGCCCCCGCGUCCGCAGCAUCCACGCACCUCGACGACAUUCCCGAGACCCCGUGCAGCGACGGUGGCGCCACAGCGUCGAAGCCCCACGACGAAGCGACGCUCGCGUACGGCGGCGCCACCGCGGACGCGUUCGACGAUUCGGUCGGCAUCUACGCGAACUCGCAGGCAUCUGCGAGCGGACAGCUUUACGACGUGCCGCGCACGCAGCGACACGGCGGCCGCGCCAACGUCACGCACAUGUAGCGACGUGCAGCGUCCCCUAGCGAGAGCCUCGCGUUCCUGGCCGUCGCCGUCGACGAUGCGCCCAGGUGCCGAUGGGGUUGAAUCUCUCGACUCGCUAUUUUUGGCGGCGAGGAGUGAACGUGGUUCGUGUGUUGCUGCUGUUGUGGUCCCCCUGUGAUUUACUCAACCCUUUUCAUUUGUCAUCGGCUCGUUGUGAUGACUUUUGAUAUCUUCACACAAUUGUCAGCCGAUCGUUGUUUGAUAUUUUUGUAUGUGCAGCAUAGGUGCUCGUGUCAUGUGUACAGGUGAUGUAUACGUUAGGGGUGGCAACGUUCCUAUAUUUCCUUAUUGUUGUGUCAAAUUUUUCUAUAGCACUUUUUUAAGAAGAUACUCACAUGAAAACUCUUCUAUAUUUUAGAAUGUUUUUAACGCCGAUGAAAACACCUAUAUUUUCGCUUGCACUCGAUCUCACCAUGAACUUGUGUUGUUACAGCAAUGAUGUGUGGAUGCAGCAUAAAAGCACAUCGUAGGUGCAGCCUAGAUGCACUGUAUAUGUACAUAUGAUGAUGCACUAUGUGGAAAUGUGAUCCUGAUGGUAAUGGUAAAUUAUGUAUGCCAAAAUAGCUGGUAAAUAACAAGUUGUCUCCAUUCAUAUAAAUUUUUUUUUAUAAAUGUCAAAAUUUGUGUCAAAAUGGAAUAUUUUUACAUACGUGAAAUUCUACACCCUUGCUUAAAUUUUAAUAUUUUUAAUAACUGAUAAUUCUACGUGAGUAGGGUUAGUAACAACUGGAGUGACUAAAUAUAUGUCAACGCCGUUUGCCCAUUUUCUUAUUGACCUGCCCAAUCUUGUGAUUAAUAGCUGCAUUGUGAACAAGAUUCUGUGUUGUUAUAAUAGUUAUACAGUUUUGUUCGGUAUAUGACGUCAUUGCUGUUUUUGUCACAGGCAGAGUUGAAUGUCGCAUCUCAAUUGUGUUUUUUUACACACAGAUAACGUCACCCAUUUGUUGUCAGUAAAUGUGCAGUGAAAUAUCGGCUGAAAUGUCAAAGGGCAGAAUGCUGGCGUGUGACAAUACAUAUGCUUCCAUCUUGUUGUUACAUUAUUAUUUAUCCACAGCCGAUGUGAAGUCGCCCCCACCGCCGUUUAUGUGUAGGUGGUCGAUGUGUAGAUAUACUAGUAUAGGGCUCGAUCAGUGUUAUUACCAAGUGUUGGUGGAUGGUUAAUAGGUGAGAGGAAGGUGUAAUUAUGCUCUGUCUGUAAGAGGAGGCAAGGGGAAGGGGAUAAUGGUGGCCAGUAUUAUCUGAUGAAUACGUGCCAUACCAGUAAUUAUUUAUUGUGUAUAUGCAUGCGAUUUUAUGACUCGCAUUUGUUUCUAUAUAUUGUGACUGUACCGUUUUUAUAUAUUAUACUUACUGUGUAGAUUGAAUUAACUCGAUUCAUAACUGAACUCAAUUCGUCGAGAUUACAACAAAUGAAAUACGUCAAAAUAACCGUGUAUUUAUAUAGGUAAACAUUUUGGCUAGAUAUAUAUUACCUAUAUCUGUUGGAAAUUGUUACGACAUUUUAUAGCUUGUGCAAGCAUGCAUGUUAGUUGUUACCUUAAUUGUAUGAUAUAAAGAAAGCCUUUAGUGUAACAGAGAAUUUAUACUCAUCCUCAGUUUUUUACUCUACAUAGUUGCCAAAUAAAUCAUGUUAGA